GUAGUUGCUCCAGGUACAAUCAUCGCAGACCAGACGCUGUCAGUGAUCGCCAUCAUCAUAGGAUUUGCAGGAAAUGCAAAAGUUUGUUAUUUUUUCGUUCAGCGUCGCGACCUACGAAAGGUUCCUCACUUUUUGUUCGUCAGUUUGGCUGUUAGUGGAAUCAUUUCAUCUGUUUUCAGUCUACCCUCUCGUUUAACAAUGCUCGCCUUGGUCGGACUAGGCAGAAUAGAUUAUGCUAAACCCGCCUUUUAUAUCGUAAUAUCGAGUAGUUUUCUUUGCGCUGUUGUCAAUUCUGUGACCUUAUCGCUAAUGGCAAUUGAUCGACAAGAUUGUGUUUUGCGUCCGUUUAACCGACGCAUGACGCCAAGUAAUGUGAAAUUUAUGAUAGCUGGAAAAUGGAUAGGAGCUCUCGUUUUAACAUCCGUUUUGAUCGUCAGGGUAUUCUUGACCCCGUCAUUAUUUAACCCUGUAAACCUUUUUUCUCAAAUGACAUACGAGAAGCCCAACCCCAAUUUGAUAUUUCAUUUAACUGGUCUAGUUCUAAAUGUGGGGACCUUAAUUAUCAUAAUUGUAACCGCCAUUCGCGUUGUAAAGGGGAUUCGUUCGUCAAUUUUGCCUGAUGCAGCGAGUCUUCACAGGCGCCAAGAAAUCAAACUGACAUGGCUGACUUAUAAGAUCAGUGGUGUGUGCUUCGCAUGUUGGAUCCCACAGCUUAUUUGCACUGGCUUAUUAGCUUCAGGUGUUCAUAGGGACAUUAUUUUAAUAAACGCACUGGUGAUAACAUCAACCGUUGGAUAUUACAACUAUGUUUUGAAUCCUCUGGUUUAUUAUGGUAUACUUAAAGAGAGGUCG